AUGUUAUGGGCAUUUUUUAUUAGCUUUUUAUGCAUUCUUAAAACAUCGUCGUCUUCUGUUGAUAUUAAUGGCGAAAAUCGAACAAUAAUUAAGCCAUUAAAUUCUAAUGUAACAGUAACAAGUGGACAAAAAGCAAUAUUAACAUGUACAUUUGAUCGAAUAAAUCAUGAUUUAGUUCUUUUAUCAUCACAUCAAUUAAUAUGGAUACGUCAAAAUCAUGCAACAUAUGAUGCUGAUUUAAUAUUAGCACAUAAUCAAGAUUCUUUAAUAUCGGAUGAUCGUUUAACUAUUCAACGUACUGAUAUUGAUUAUUCAUUAAUAAUAAAUAAUGUAAAUAUCGAUGAUGAAGGAAUCUAUGUAUGUGAAGUAAAUACACAACCACCACAAAAAACGUCUAUUCAUCUAUAUGUUCAAGGUAAGAUUAUUUUGUAUAUGGUAUAA